UUUACAUCUUCAGAGGAGGUAGGAAAGCUUAGAUGGGAAACAACAAGCAAGUAUCCAUGCUGCAUGCAGCUGCCCAGGCCACGGUGUGGCUGUAGACGCAGGCGUUGGGCGCAGGAUAAGAGAAUUAGCCUCAGGAGCAGAUUGCCUCUGCAGGAUUUUCUCUCUGUAUCCAUCGCUCACCCUGAUCCUCGUCUGCAAACGAAUCCAAUUCCGAAGCACCAAAAAUCGUCGUGACAAUAAAUGAGGACACACCAUGUUGACCAGCAUAGCAGAACGGAUAAUGUACUGCCUGACAGGCAAAACCCCAAAUUCUGUGGGUCCUUCGGACACUUCAGAAACCAGCGAUGGCUUCGAUUUUCUCGAGGUGAAGCCAGGCCGAAUUUUAAGAAUACGACACAUACUGCCUUCUCGAUCUGGAGGUGGAGAGGAAGGCGAGGAAAUAGAGGAUGUGAAAAAUUCAGGCCGAGGACUGAUCCACUGCAAGCGUCGAAUAACUGUCUAUCGCAAUGGACAGCUUGUGAUAGAAAAUCUUGGUGCCACUCUUCGUUCUGAAAUCUUGCAUUGCCGCAAUGGGAAUACUGAACCUGCAGGUACAUUGGAAGUCGAGCUUUCAGAUUAUACCAGCACAGGUAAUGAGAGUGCUGGAGGAAAGGAGAGUGAUUUACCACCUGGGAGGCGCAGAAAACGUAAGCCGAAAAAAGUUCUGCAGGUUGACUGUCAAAGGCGUGUUACUAGCUGCAAAGGCACCCAUUCUGAUGUAGUCCUGUUCUUCAUUCAUGGUGUUGGAGGUUCUCUUGACAUUUGGAAAGAACAACUGGAUUUUUUCUCAAAACUUGGGUAUGAAGUUGUAGCACCAGAUUUGGUGGGGCAUGGCUCAAGUGCAGCUCCACAAAUAGGUGCUGCUUACACCUUUUAUGCCCUUGCUGAGGACAUGAGAUGUGUGUUCAAGCGCUACGGCAAGAAACGAAAUAUCUUGGUGGGACAUUCGUAUGGAGUCUCCUUUUGCACAUUCUUGGCCCAUGAGUUCCCUGAUUUGGUCCACAAGGUGGUCAUGAUUAAUGGUGGUGGUCCUACAGCUCUGGAACCAAGCCUCUGCUCUAUCUUCAACAUGCCCACGUGUGUGUUGCACUGUCUGUCUCCUUGCCUUGCGUGGAGCUUCCUCAAGGCCGGCUUUGCUCGACAAGGUGCCAAAGAGAAACAGCUCUUACGAGAGGGUAAUGCCUUCAAUGUGUCAUCCUUUGUACUAAGAGCCAUGAUGAGCGGACAGUACUGGCCGGAGGGAGAUGAGGUUUACCAUGCAGAAUUAACCGUCCCAGUCCUGCUGGUGCAUGGCAUGCAUGACAAAUUUGUUCCACUCGACGAGGACCAAAGGAUGGCAGAGAUCCUUCUAGUCAGCUUCCUCAAGAUCAUCGAAGAGGGUAGUCACAUGGUCAUGCUGGAGUGUCCAGAAACUGUUAACACUUUGCUUCACGAGUUCUUUUUAUGGGAGCCAGAGGCGCAGAACACAAGUACAGAAGAAGCUGUGAAUGAGUGAAGAGGAAAAGUCAUAGGUGACCUUAAUGAGAAACAGAAAGGACUUUUCUGUUGAUUGCCCAAACAGCGUUUGGAGAAGACGUCUGAAGGUCUGCAAGCUAAAUGGCCAAGGUUUUAGACUUUGGUUCACAGUGAAGAUGGCGUCAAGGGAGAAUAUUGUUUCUGACAAUUCAGGAACUUUAGAUAAUACAGCUUUUAAAAGAGGUCUUCUGCCAUUUGACCUCCUAUGCAGCCAUAAUAAUUUGCAAGACAACUAGUGGUUGUCCAAGGUCCAUUGUGUGUAAAACAUCAGAUUGACCGUUGUUGUAGAAUUGUGGUAUAAUACAGAUCCUUGCUGGUCAUAGGCCCGUGGAAGAGGUUUUUUACAUCCGAGUGUUGCUAAAAGCUGAGAAUAAUGAAUUAUUGUUACAAAAUAAAUCAUAUUACAGUCCACCUGUAAAGUAAUUGAAGAUGCAGACAUAUGGUCAUGUAUGUCUUUAUUGCCAAAAACAAUAACUGGCAGAAAAAUGGUUACAUGGUGUAUAUUCCAUCUUAUGUCAGACCCAGUGGAUAAUAAGAGAAUACCUGUAGAAAUUGCUGAAAUCACAUAGAGACUAUGUAAAGAUAUAUAAAUAAUGUUGAUAAUGUAUUUUCUGUGGCUCUUAUUUCAGAUGACUACCUUGUCCUUUUCCUUCUGUUGUAAACAUGGAGGUUGUUUGAAGGCAGGAUUAAAUCAAAUUAAACGUGUCCU